AUGGGCUUGUUGAAGAAAAAGGAUUCAACUUCUGGUCGCUCCUCUACUUCCCCCUGCGCUGAUCUGCGAAAUGCUUACCACAAUUGCUUCAAUAAAUGGUACUCGGAGAAGUUUGUGAAAGGCCAAUGGGAUAAAGAAGAGUGUGUUGCUGAGUGGCAAAAGUACAGAGCCUGUCUCACGGAGAAUCUAGAUGGUAAGCUUCUCACUCGCAUUUUGGAGGUCGAUGGUGAGCUCAAUCCAACAAAGCAAGCUGCUUCUAAAGAAUCCAGUUAG